AGUUCCGUCAGCCCAUAUGUUUACUUCGCCUACACGGGAGUCGUGUUCGGCAACGCAGCUCGCGACUGCAACACAAGACUGGCAGCCUCCUCCCCCUCUUACUGGAGACUCUGAAUUCGAGACCCCCGUCUUAAUAGGUACAUUAUACUUGACUAUCAACACCAGUCAAUGGAAAGACAAAGAGCAAACCCUCGAGCUCUGGUCGGACCGAUCUUCAUGGCGCAUUGGGAGGGACGGCACCAACGAUGUGGAGGUCCCAGACCCCAAGGUCUCAACGGUCCACGUGCGGAUAGAUCAUGACCCGUCAAAGACGGGCCAAGACGACCAGAUUACUAUCACUGAUGUUUCCCGUAACGGCACCUAUCUCGGCUCGAGACGGCUGAUAGCCAACAAGAGCGAAGUUCUGAGGCCGGGGGAAAGCUUCUCAUUGGUUACUAGCCCCUUCAUAAGGGGCCAUCCGGAGCCUCUGCUUCGUGCGAUGUGGAAGCCCCUGGGAUUUGAGGACCCCUUGGAGGAGGAGCUUAUGCAUGAUGCUGUAGUGGGUCUGACUCAGGCGAUGCCCCCAGCGGCUACUCAAGUUCGGGAGGAAGUCCCUGCCCCUAGGAGAAGGAAGGAUCGCGAUACUGUUGGGCAGCAGGACCCUGUCAUAGCUCAGCUCAGUGGAGAUAUAAAAUUCCAAUGGAGACCAUCGACCUCUCGAGUCACUCGAGGCCUGCGUAGUUCCAUCACCAUUGGGCGCAGUCCUUCUUGCAGUAUCGUCUUGAGCGACGAUAGAGUGUCCGGCACGCAUGUUACUCUGGAGCACGACGGCAAGGCCUUCCACA